ACGAAACGCUGACACAUUCAGCCGAAACAGCUCACUGUGACAGCUUUCAACGAAGUAACUGAAAAAGGAAAAGAAAAGUCAACAGCACGUGGACUCUGUCUCACCUUUUACAUGACCGCUCUUAUUUUGUGACUUUCACACAUUGUUUAAGGAUGCUCAACACUUCCCGACCGUGCCAGCCUCAAAGUGGUGGCUUUUCCUUUGAAAACAGUCGCAGGAAUGCUGUUUUGGAAGGAAAUUUGUCAGAGCUUGGGUACAGUUCUCCCAAGGCAAGGAAGACUGGAACCACAAUUGCUGGCAUCGUUUUCAAGGAUGGGGUGAUACUUGGAGCAGACACAAGAGCCACUGAUGACAUGGUGGUGGCUGACAAAAAUUGCAUGAAGAUCCAUUACAUUGCACCCAACAUCUACUGUUGUGGGGCAGGUGUUGCCGCGGAUGCAGAAGUCACCACUCAGAUGAUGUCCUCCAACGUGGAGCUCCACUCGCUCAGCACAGGACGCCCUCCGCUUGUUGUCACGGUUACCCGACAACUGAAACAGAUGCUCUUUAGGUAUCAGGGGCAUAUCGGCUCCUCUCUGAUUGUCGGAGGUGUGGACGUGACUGGAGCUCACCUUUACAGCGUCUACCCACAUGGCUCCUAUGACAAACUGCCGUUCCUAACUAUGGGUUCAGGAGCCGGGCCAGCCAUUUCCAUCUUUGAAGACAGAUUCAGACCAAACAUGGAGCUGGAGGAUGCUAAACAGCUGGUGCGGGAUGCCAUUGUUGCUGGGAUUUUCUGUGACCUGGGCUCUGGCAGUAACGUAGACCUGUGCAUCAUCACCCAGGCUGGGGUGCAGUACCUCAGGGCCUAUGACCAGCCUGCCCAGAAGGGGAAAAAAGAGGGACAGUACAAGUACAAGCCAGGCACAACUGCAGUUUUGACUAAGACAGUCACACCCUUGCCCCUGGACAUUGUUGAUGAAUCAGUUCAACUUAUGGACACUCAAUGAAAUGAUAAGCUCCUGCAGACUUACACACAUUCAUGAAUUCCAACACACUAUGGUUUGCUGGUGCAUUGAUAAUUCUAUUUGGUUUAGCAUAUAGCGUGUUUGUGGAAAGUUUUUAAUUCAUAAUUUUCUUGCAGACAAUGUAGAUUAUGAAAUGUUAAAAGGCAAUAAAAUAUUUCUUAAAGGC